AUGAAUCCUCCUCCCGCCUCAUCUAUCGACCAUCCUCUUCGAUCACAUCCAGUUCUCUCUUCCGCUACUCCACCCCCAACGCUCAGUAUACCAACUGGCAGCCUAUUAGAGCAACAAAAUCCACAUGUUCAAUCCGGCAAUAACAAUGCCAAUGCGGAGGGUCAUUUGGAAAGAAUGGUGGGUACCCAUGGAAAUAGUAGUAGGCCCACAGAUUCCGCGGAACUAGAUCGAAUGGAUAACACUAUAAGACUCAUAAGACACUUAAGAAGUCUACGAUCUCGCCUACAAUAUAAUGUUGAUCGUCCUAUAAGAGCAUCAGAGGAGGAGUGGAUGGAGCGAUUGGAGCAACUGAUGCAAGAAGCAGAAAAUGCACUACUAACUGCCGAACUACAUAUGUGGCAGCAAGAGCGACGAAGUCUAUCGGUGCGGCAAGAGCAGUCAGAAGAUAGUGGACCUAGGGAUAUUUUGAACGAACCUCGCACUUCAAUUCGAGCCUCUACUACCUCAUCUCUACUUGAACAUUCAAACAUGCCCGUUUCUCCCGUUCGGCGCCAACAAGCCAGUCAGCAGAUGAGAGACCUCAGUUAUAGUUUUGGUAGAUUUGAUGAACCGCUCGAUGAAGGAGGAUUUCAUAGCCAGGAAAAUUCCACGAAUAACCAUCCACGUAGAAGGCGGCAAGAAGUACCGCAAAGACCAUUAGCUGAGCAAGGGCAGCUACUUUACGACUCACUUCUUCGUCCUCACCCCCCUCACCCCCCUCGCCCUAGUCCGGAAUUGACAAGCAAUUUUCACGCUGCAGAUCAGAAUUCUAUUAGCCCACUGCAACUUCCAUCUCGCGCCGGGAUUGAACAAUCCAAUGCCCAGCAACAUGCCACGAAUAACGGAUCGCGUACAGUACAGGCACGGCCGCGUGAGCGAGCGCGAAUGCAGGCCGCUCCAUCCCCCGAAAAUAAAAAUACGGAUUGA